AUGUCACCUCCCUGUCCGUUUGGUCCUAGACCAUCCCUCUCUGACUCCAGGGGCGAAGUCUACUCAUUCCCAACUCUUGCUCUCAAAUCGAGAAGGGAACUCACAACCCAACCGUCCUGUAUUACACAUCGGCAGCUGUCGUAUCAUGCGGACGGCACUUGGGAAGAAGGCGCAGCGGCAUUGAGCUUACUCCUCGUCAACCUUCCUGACCUACGCAACUACGAGGGAGAGAUGCUGGAAAUGAGGUAUUCCCUCGAGGAAAAUAUGUUUGAGCUCUGCCGCCUCAUGGAGCAUAGAGAUGGUGGCCUUCCGAGGGAGCUUGUCGAGAAGAAGAUGAUGUAUUACUUGGAGUUCAUCUUCAGGUUGGCCGGAGAAGGAGACGAGCAAAGGACCAUCCUCGAGCAGGAACGGGCAAAGAUGGAACUUGCUUUGAGUUGGGUAUCGGGCCUCAUUAGGCAUUGGGACGAGCAUGUAUCUACAGUGCUUUUCGCUGAUGCAGUGGAGCAGAAUCCUCAUCAUCACCAGCGACACCAGGGGGCAAAUUAG